AUGCCAGACAAUUCCUCUAAAGAGUUCAUAUUCGUGCUUCAUGGACUGAAUGACUCAAGGACAAACAAACACAUUUACUUUGCAUUUGGUCUUGUUGUUUAUAUUGUGACUCUGUUUGUGAAUCUGACUCUGAUUAUCACAAUUAUUCUGGAAAAAACACUUCAUGAGCCCAUGUAUCUGUUUAUAUGCAAUUUGUUUUUAAAUGGAAUAUGUGGUGCUUCUGCUUUCUAUCCAAAGAUUCUUGCUGAUCUUUUUUUAGACUCUAAUAUCAUUUCAUAUUCAGGGUGUCUGAUACAAAUGUACAUAAUUUACUGUUAUCUUUUCUGUGAAUUCACAAGUUUAACAGUCAUGGCAUAUGACCGAUAUGUAGCCAUUUGUAAGCCUUUGGAAUAUCACAACGUUAUGACACACCAGAAGGUGGUAAAUUUGCUGGUUUUUAUCUGGAUAUUUUCCUUACUACAGGUAUCUGUUGCAAUUGUACUGACAGCGCAAACACCCUUAUGUGGUAAUGACAUUGACAAGCUUUACUGCUUUAACUGGGAUGUUGUUAAGCUUUCCUGCACAGAUAUCACUGUGAACAAUGUUUAUGGGUACAUUAUAAUGUUUUUUCAGUUUUUUCAAGCUGUGUUCAUCAUUAUCUCAUAUACUCGCAUCAUCAGGGCUGCUUUAAAGUCCAAGACAGAGCGAGUUAAAUUCAUGCAGACUUGUCUGCCACAUUUAAUCACCAUCAUCAACUUCACCAUUUCUGUGUUAUUAGAUCAUAUGUGUGCACGCUAUGGCAAAGGUCAGGAACUGCAAGCUCUGCGCAACAUCUUGGGAAUAGAGUUUCUUGUUGUGCCUCCUCUUCUAAACCCCAUCAUAUAUGGGUUAAAAAUGAAUCAGAUACGGCGCCGGUUUAUGCAACUGUAUAGUCACAGACUCAAAGAAGUAGAUCAGAGCUUAAAUUGA